CAAAUUCUUCCAUCGCACGGCCAUCAUGUUCCUUUCACUUCCCCUUCUGGGGACCCUGAUCGCCUCGACAGUUGCCCUAGACUCCAGCCCCCUAGAGUUGCGGGUGCCACAUCUGCACCAACUCAGCCAGCUCAGCAAGCCUCACCAGGACACUUUCAACCAAGAAUCAGCGAGUUUCCCGGUGUACAACCUCUCCGUACCCAUAGACCACUUUCACAAUGAAUCACGCUAUGAGCCGCACACCAAUGCCACCUUCGGCCUGCGCUAUUGGCUUGACACCAGCCAUUACCAGCCGGGAGGCCCUGUUUUCGUGAUUGCUGCAGGCGAAACCGAUGGAAGCGACCGUAUUCCCUUCCUUUCACAAGGGGUGGUUACUCAGUUAGCUGCAGCCUACAAUGGAAUUGGCCUUAUCCUCGAACAUCGCUACUACGGCGAGAGUUACCCAUUCGCCAAUCUCACUACCGAGAACAUUAGAUUCUUGACCACCGAGCAGGCGCUCGCUGACUACGCUUACUUUGCCUCGAAUAUUGUCUUUCCCGGUCUGGAGCAUCUCGAUCUUACGGCAGCCACCACGCCAUGGAUCGCCUAUGGUGGCUCCUAUGCUGGUGCCUUUGUCGCAUUCCUCCGCAAGCUCUAUCCGGAUCUCUAUUGGGGCGCUGUGUCAUCGUCCGGCGUCACGGAGGCCAUCAUCGACUAUUGGGAAUACUACGAGCCGAUCAGACUGUAUGGUCCAUCGCAGUGUAUCUCCACCCUGCAGACGUCAAUCGAUAUCGUGGAUCGUAUUCUCAUCGAUCACGCCGACAAUAAUACUCUGGCCCAGCUACUGAAAUCCGCCUUUGGAGGCUCUGCGACCAACCUCAGUAACCAAGACUUUGUCUCCUCCCUCUCUUACGGUCUGGACUCAUUCCAGUCCCGCAACUGGGACAAGUCUAUCGGAACUCCUCUUUUCCGUGCUUUCUGUAACAACAUCACCAAUUCGGAUCUGCUGUACCCCGAAACCGCCGAGCCCAUCUCCGCAUCAGUCAAGCAAUUGGUCCAAAUUGCAGGCUACGAUUCCUCCAACACAACCCUGGUCAACAACUUCCUCAACUGGAUCGGAUUCUUGAGUACCUCGAAAGUCUUCACCGACUCAUCCUCGGAGUCCUCAUCAUCCAACGUCACGAAUUUCACUGUUCCACAACCCCUCAGCAAAGACUCUGGCACCAGCUGGAAUUACCAAGUCUGCGUCGAAUGGGGAUAUUUCACCACGGGCUCUUCGGUGCCUUCGAAUAUCAAGCCCCUUAUCUCUCGUCUCCUCGAUCUGCCCUAUCUUUCAUCUUUCUGCCCGAACACAUUUGGGAUUAAGACACCGCCAGAUGUUCAGCGCAUCAACCAAUUCGGCGGGUUCAACUUUUCGUACCCGCGCGUCGCGAUCAUUGGCGGGUGGGCAGAUCCGUGGCGCGACGCGACACCACUAGCGGACGGAGUCGAUUGGCAGAGUCGGAAGUCGACUGAUAGCGAGCCGAUUAUACUGCUGGAUAUUCCAGCAGCGGAUGUGUGGGAUGGUGUGAGAGGUGCAGUCCAUCACUGGGAUCAGAAUGGGUUGUCAGCAGAGCAGGAGAAGAAUGGCGAGAGGGCGCCUAAGGAGAUUCUUAAUGUGCACAAGGAAGUGGUGAGGUUUGUGGGGGUGUGGUUGAAUGAGUGGAAGGGGAAAUCAUUUGAUGUGGAUGAGAAUAUUCAUCAGACUGUUUUAUAGAUUUGAGAUGAAGCAGAUUACGCUGUGAUGGACGAUCCAUAGUGAAC